AUGCUGACAGCUCAGGGCACGGACGAGGGCUCUGCAUCCGUGAGUUUGCCCCAUCACUUCCGAGGGCGAGCCUGCAAGGUCAUCGAGCCUUGGGAGCCGAAUCAGGCUCAGACAGCUUUGUCCCGAAUGGCAGUCAAGAAGGGCGAGGCAGUGUACCACUGCUACAUAGACGUCUUUGCUGAGACAUCGGGCCAUCUCACAUGGGACAAGGAGCUCGUCGUGGGCCGCAGCCUGACGACACAACAUCUCUUCAUCAAGGACAAGGAUAGCGAACACACCAGGCAGUACUUCAAUCAGGGUGACUGGAUGCUGGAUGCCCGGUCCUGGGAUGAGCCCUUCGAUUGGCGCGCCACACCCCCGCUACAUGCUGAGCGUGCCCCUUGGGCCGAAGAGGCUGCUUCGCAACAUGAAGCCCGUGAACUUUUCUGGGAUGAGGACCCGCGAGCUGAAACAGCAUUGCAGAAAGCAAGGACUCCGGCUCCCGUCUCACCAGCACAUGCCGGGAGCGCUGAACCCGGG